AUGUCCGUCCCCGGCCACCUGGGGGUAGGUGUUGUAGUUCUUGACGCCGGUGAAGCCCUUCUCGACGAAUUCGGCCGACAUGCCCACGGCCAUGGAAAAAUUGGUCGCGGUAUUGGCAGUGGACCAGCCGAUGCUGUUGGCAUCAACGAGGUAGACCUGGUUGCCUUGUGGAACGUCAAUGCCGGUGCAGCUACUGUCGGCAUUGGAGGUGGCAGUGACCGCUAUUGCGACGGCAACCAGCCCGAGCGCGGAGGAAGCCGCGAAUGGGACCAUGAUAUGAUGGCUGGCGUGGAAGUUGGAAGUUGGAAGCAGUUUGACACACAAACCAGGGAGGGUGGCGCGCCAGAUGCGCACAGAUUUAUCUGGCUGGGACACAAAUGCCAAGCCCGCUGCCCGCAACCUGCUUCUCGCCGGUCCAUCUGCGCAAGGCAGAGACGUGACGUGCUCAAGGAGCAGGAUCCUCUUUUCAGAGUUCCUCGCUGCAGCUUUGAGCUUGUCCGAUCUUUGACGCCCAGGGACCCCGUGCCGCGAACUCGCAGCCCUUCCGGCAUUCAUGUCGCAAACUUGGCUGCCGACGGCAUAGGGUGA